GGCAGCCGAGUCAAUCUGGUACCCACGCUGGCGGUCAGGGACGCUAGGCAGCGCUUCUACGUCAACAGGAAGUCGCUGCGAAUCUUGGAGUCGAAAGGGGAGUGGCUCUGGGACGGUCUCUGGUUACUUGCGAGUCUGGCAUGUAUUUCUUCGGAAAGGCAGAUCCGAGCCUGGGAUUCAUUAUCAGGAGACGUCACUCGUUCCUGUUGAACUAUUGAGUCAUUUUUACACCGAAUUGAGGUUAGUCAAACCCACUAACAGAUACUUCUGUUUCUGUGGAUUUGAGCGCUGUAUUUCUUUUCCAUGUGCUGGUCGAUUGCCAUAUAGGCCACAGCGAUUCGGGCUGUCCCAACCAUGUUUGGAAAUAGAUACAAUUUCAGACGGAUGAACUCGACUUCCAGACGGUGUGAGCCACCAAAGAGUCUGGGUAUCCACAUUUAUCUCUUAUGGACCAAGGAAGGGGAUCGCUACCAUUCUCACUCAGCGGGAGAUGUCACGGCAGAGGAGCUAUGCAUGUCUGUUGCAGAAGCUGUUGGCAUCACCCCUCUGUGUUCCGUGUUGUUUGCUCUGUACGAUCCUCUUGCCUGUUGCUGGUACAGUCCCAAUCACGUUUUUACUCCAGAUAAGACAUCCCUUGUACUUCACUAUCGUAUGAGGUUUUACUUUCGGAAUUGGCACGGGCUAAAUGAUAAGGAGACGACGGUCUCACGGUAUGCACCGCGCUCGGGAUCCGAGCAGGGGCCUUCUCCUCUGCUUGAGCAGACGGCUUUGGAGUACCUAUUUUCACAGGCCAAAUAUGAUUUUGUGAAUGAUGUGGUGCCGAUGGAGGAAGCGGAGACAGAUGAACAGCUCAAUCAACUGCAAAAUGAGAGCCUGGGCAUGGCGGUGCUUCAUCUCUCCCAUGAAGCGGCCCGUAGAGAGUGUAGCAUAACAGAAGUCUCCGACAAAAUCAGCUUUCUGGACUGCAUCCCAAAAUCCUUCUCUCAACACAUCGGUCGGAACAACUUCUUGACCAGGCUGAGGAUCAAUCGGGUGUUUGCAAACUUUGUGAGGAACUUCCAGCGGCAGACUGCGGACACUGGGAGGUUGGGAUUCCAGGACGUCAUGUACAAGUACAUCUACACACUCGAGCACCUUGCCCCGAACUUCGCUACCGAGACCUUCUCUGUGUCCCACAUGACAACAAAGAGGGACGGCUAUGGCGGCGGAUCUAAUAGCCACUCUUUUUACGCCUAUGGGAACUCGACAAGCAACAUUGACGCCCUGCUUGCGCACGAAGUGUUGGUUUCCGGCACCAAGGGAAUACUGUGGAGGAAAUCGCUUGGGCAAAAGGCUCGAGAGAACAGUUACUUCAGGAAGGAUUACAUAAAGAAGAAAGCAAAACAGCAGAAUAGCCAGCCGAACGACAACAGAGCCAAGGAAUGGCAACACUUCUGCGACUUCCCAGAGAUAUCCCACAUCACCAUCAGUGGCGAGGCGGUGUGCAUUAGCACUCAGGAUAACCACUCCAUGGAAGUUCACAUGAAUUCCACCCUGGAGGCUCGUUCCUUCAUCUCCCUCCUCGACGGGUACUUCCGCCUGACUGCAGAUGCGCACCACUACCUCUGUCAUGAGGUGGCUCCACCAAGGGUGGUUAUGAGUGCAGCAAAUGGGCUGCAUGGACCAAUGCAGGAGGAGUUUGCAAUGUUGAGACUCAAGAAGGAGGCGAUAGAGGAUGGAGUGUUUCUUCUUCGUUGGAGUGCACUCGACUACCACCGCAUCUUACUGGCUGUGAUGAACUCGAGGGCGGAUGGUUCGACUUCAGUCCACAAGCAGUUCAGAAUCCUGCAGCGGGGCUCAAAGUACUCCCUGGAGAGCUGGGACCAGGAGUUCUCCAGUGUGAAGGAGCUCAUCGAAGGCCUCAGGAGCUUGGUGCUACGAUCUGGUGCCGACAGCUUUACUCUCAAGAAAUGCUGUUUACCCAGGACUGCAGAGCUAUCCAACCUGCUGGUGGUGAGAGACAAAUCCAUCCAUCCCUCUUCUUCGGAUGUACCCCAUAUGCGCUUUCAUCAAAUUAAAGUGAAAGACAUUGUACAGGAGCAGCACAUGGGUCCUGGGACGUGGACAAACAUCUUCUCCGGUCGUUUUCUGGUUACUGGUGAAGGAAAUGACGAGGAUGAAGAGUACAACAACAACCUGAACGACCCCAAGGGGAACAGAGUGGUCCUGAAGAUUCUCGACCAAAGCCAUAAGGAGAUGUCUUUUGCAUUCUUUGACACAGCCAGUCUGAUGAGCCAGGUGUCCCAUAAUCACCUGGUGUUUGUGCAUGGCGUGUGUGUGGGAACUGAAAUCAUAAUGGUCGAAGAGUUUGUGGAGUUUGGGCCCUUGGAUGUUUUUCUGCGGAAGGAAAGAGCCUCUGUGUCGCCUCAGUGGAAAUUCAUUGCUGCAAUACAGCUUGCCAGUGCCCUCAGUUAUCUUGAGAGUAAGAAGCUGGUUCAUGGCAACGUCUGUGCCAAGAACAUCCUUGUGGCCCGGCGUGGUCUGGAGCACCAAACUACUCCGUUUGUCAAACUGAGCGACCCAGGCAUCGCCUUAAAUGUCCUCUCCCGGGAAGAACGUCUGGAACGUAUCCCGUGGAUCGCCCCGGAGUGCGUUCAGAGUGGAGCGCCCAUCGGGAACACGGCCGACCAGUGGAGCUUCGGUGUCACGCUGCUGGAGAUCUGCAACAAUGGAGACGUGCCCAUGAGUGGCUUCACAUACCUGGAGAAAGAGCAAUUCUACCAGCAGAAGGGGCGCUUGGUCGAGCCGCAGUCCCCGGAACUGGCCAGCUUCAUCAGCAUGUGUCUGACCUACGAGCCUGUCGAAAGGCCCUCUUUCCGCACGGUGCUCAGGGAGCUCUCCAAUAGCCCAAAUCUAGAUUUCGCCCCCAGUGGCCCUUUCACCAUCUUGGACCAAAGCGUUUUCCACAAGCGCUACCUAAGGAAGAUGCGGGAUUUAGGAGAGGGUCACUUUGGAAAGGUCACACUGUGCAUGUACGACCCCAACAAUGACGGCACUGGAGAACAUGUGGCGGUGAAGGCAUUGAAGCACGAUGGAGGCGGAAAUCAGCAUGAAUGCUGGUUGAAGGAGAUCGACAUCCUGAAGUCCCUCUACCACGCCAACAUCGUGAAGUACAAAGGAUGUUGUACUGAGCUUGCAGGUGGGAAGGUUGUGCAGCUGAUCAUGGAGUUUCUGCCACUGGGGAGUCUGAAAGAAUACAUCAUUGGGUGUAAGAUAGGCGUGCCACAGUGUCUCCUUUUCGCAGGGCAGAUCUGCCAGGGGAUGGAAUACCUGCAGUCAAAACGCUACAUCCACCGGGAUCUGGCGGCUCGCAAUGUUCUGGUGGAAAACGACAACUUGGUGAAGAUCGGAGACUUCGGCCUUACCAAGCAUAUCCCAGAGGAAAAGGAGUACUACCGCGUCCGGGAUGACGGAGAAAGCCCUGUCUUUUGGUACGCCGUCGAGUGUCUCAGGGAGAGCAAGUUCUCCUUCUCCUCGGACGUCUGGUCAUUCGGCGUGACGCUGUACGAGAUCCUCACCCGCUGCGAUCCCGCCAUGAACCCACCGAAGAAACUGACUGAGAUGCUCGGGAAUGCGCACGGUCAGAUGGUGGUGACGGCGUUGAUCUCAUUACUCGAGAGGCGGAAGACUUUGCCUUGUCCCAAAGAUUGUCCCCACGAGGUGUACAUGUUGAUGAAGCAAUGCUGGAACGUGGACGCUGGUCAACGGCCAUCUUUCAAAUCACUCAUUGAAAGUAUUGCAACCAUUCGCCAAAGUUACGAAGGACAACCCAAUGGGAAUGUUUCCUUGCGCCAUAUUCACUCUUGAGUCUUCAGUCGUCAUUCACACAGGAUCAUUUUGGUAUUUACAGGCAGGGGUUUUCUUUACUCUUUAGCGCCCCCUGGCUGCUCUUGCCUUCCCAGAUACACAAAAGGAUUGUGUAUGCAAGCACUUCGUCAUCUAUACAUUUUAGUGAAUAACCCAUUUAUUGACCAAAUAUAUCAUGUAGAUUGAUAAUUCUGUUUUUUAACGACGGAGCAAUCUGAUCAAAUAAGUAAAAACGUACUAUGAAAUUAUAAUGGCAUUUAAAAAUAUAUAAUAUAUAUAUAUUUUACAAUGUAAUGUUUGUUUGUUGGUUUUAUGUUUCUUUUUUAUGUAAUGCUACGUCAUUAAAAAAAUUAACUCCU